ACCACCGUCGACAUUUUCCCCGAGAAAAAGAAACUUUUUUUUGUUCCUUCUUGUAGUUCCGUCUUCCCAUCUAUUUCCUUCCACCGACUCCUCUCGUACAUCUAAGAUCCGAUCCACUACGAUGAUGUCGAUGUCUCGCCGUGGAAUGUUAUCGUUCUUCGCCAUCUUAUCCGUCCUGCUUCAAUGCACCAAUUCCUUAACUAGCUCUCCUACCGCCAUUAUUAAUCCUUCCAAAGUCAAGCAGGUUUCAUCCAAACCCAGGGCGUUUGUAUACGAAGGGUUCCUCACGGAAUUGGAAUGUGAUCAUAUGGUCUCCCUUGCAAAGGCGAGCCUGAAGAGAUCUGCUGUGGCUGAUAAUGAUAGUGGAGAAAGCAAAUUCAGCGAGGUUCGGACCAGCUCUGGCACCUUUAUCCCCAAAGCAAAGGAUCCAAUUGUUUCCGGUAUAGAAGACAAGAUCUCCACUUGGACAUUUCUUCCUAAAGAAAACGGGGAAGACAUGCAGGUAUUGAGAUACGAGCACGGUCAAAAAUACGAUGCUCACUUUGACUACUUUCAUGACAAAGUCAACAUUGUCCGUGGUGGACACCGCAUUGCCACCGUUCUCAUGUAUCUAUCCAAUGUCACAAGAGGUGGAGAAACCGUCUUCCCCAAUGCAGAGAUACCUUCUCGCCGAGUACUAACUGAAAACAAAGACGACCUUUCUGAUUGUGCCAAGAAAGGAAUCGCUGUGAAACCAAGGAAAGGGGAUGCUUUGUUGUUCUUCAACCUCCACCCUGACGCAAUCCCUGACCCAUUGAGCCUCCACGGUGGAUGUCCCGUGAUUGAAGGAGAGAAAUGGUCUGCGACCAAGUGGAUCCAUGUGGACUCAUUUGACAAGAUUGUGACACCGGGUGGUAACUGUACUGAUAUGAACGAGAGCUGUGAGAGAUGGGCAGUUCUAGGGGAAUGCACAAAGAACCCAGAGUACAUGGUUGGUACUGCUGAGCUUCCUGGCUAUUGCAGGCGCAGCUGUAAGGCUUGUUAGACUUACCCUCCUCUUUCUUCUUCUUCUUCUUCUUAUGUGCCAUCAAAACUCUUUGUUGUUGUCUCUUGUAGAGUUGUUGUUAUUUAACUGGAGUUUUGUAAAACUAGAACUGUUGAUGAAAGACUCUUGUAGAGUUGUUAUAAUUUUGGUUUUUGAGGUCUUA